AUGCGUCUGAGCCUGGCCAACCGCUGGUUCAACCAUCUGAUCGCAGAGGAGAGCGUCUGGAUGCAUGCCUGCCUCCGCGACCUCCAUGUCCCCCCUUCUGGAGAAGUUUCCUUUCCCUGGAAGGAUAUCUACGGCUCAGCCUUUGACUGGAUUCGGAUAGGUGCGUUCUUACUUGAUUCGCCCGUCGUGUUGAUGACGGAAAACCUGACGCUGCCCAAAAUGCUGCCGCGGCCGGAGGACGACCCCGCGAAGACGAUUCAGACCACCGGCACGUGCCUGUUAGCUGGCGCCCGGACUGGAAUCUGGAUCGCCGAUCUGCAACUGGUUCGAUGCCCAGUGUGCAACCUCAACACAUGUGAAGGGACGAUGCAGGUGCUGGAUGCGAGACACGUGGAGCUGUUCUUGGAGGAGGGUUUCAAGGACGGGAGCUGGGAGUACGAAGACAUCGGGUCCCACCGGAUCGCGAAGCAGUCCAUCGCUGCCGCUGGGGCCAUCUUCGACUCCAAGCACCUGCCUGAUCCUUCCACUAUUGACACGGCGGCGGCGGUGCUGGUGGUGGAAGGGGUCCUGGAUGCAAAGGCGUGGAUUGGGCAGCAGGAUGACUGGCAGCCUAAGGCGAGGCUGUCGCUCCACGCCGUCGCCGUCAAUACCAAUCUACAGCCGAACGAGGGUGAGAUUGCAGUCGUAAUAAGAGUGAUAAGAAUCCAGUCUUUAAAUUUAUUACUAUGGGAUACAACCAACCAUGCAGGGCUUCAAGUGCGGUUCCAGGCGAUGCGGAGUACAGGGGCGGACCGGAAGAUUUUAGCGACCACGUACAUGUAG